UGACUGUAUCUGCUUCGACGCCAGCUGGAUUCUUCUGUUUCCUCACCCCCGGAACAGUCGUUUGUUCGUAUUCAUAAUAUGCUACUACUACUUAUUCUCUUUGGACAUAUGUCAGCAUGAUUGAGAGCUUCCAGCCAGAAUACUGAACAUGACUCGUCCGUCACCGCUGGCCUGUACGGAAUGUCGCAAGCAGCAUCUGAAAUGCGACGCCCAAACCCCCACCUGCUCUCGCUGCUUACAGAACCGACUAAAGUGUAAUUAUCUUCCUUCUAGACGUGGAGGGAGACGGAAAACCCGGGAAGCACUACGGCAGCAUCACGAUGCAUCUUCCGCGGACUUGCUCUUGUCACCUCACCCUACCGAUAUGAGUGGGCGUGAUGCUUCUUCGACUGUUUCUGGUCAGCAGAACCAGCGCAUCAGCCCAGUCGUGGAAGGCCAAGCUCAAGAUGCUGCAGAUUCGGAUGCUCGGCUAGUCCGCCUGUAUUAUGAAAACUUUCACUCAGCGCAUCCAAUCCUGGUUCCCGCGCCCUUGUAUGAAGAACGCAAGUACCCAGCGUACUUGCAUGAAGUAGUCACACUCAUAGGUGGCCAUUUCUUAUCUACUGGCUCCCUUCCUGAUAUGGCCAAUGUGCAACUGAGUGCUGAUGGAGAAAGGACGCCAAGCAAGGUUCAGGCACUUUUGCUUUUUUCGAUACUUUCAUGCGCUCGCGGCGAGUGCUCGCAAGCUCACACAUCCUUUUCGCAAGCUGUCGACAUUGCGUUGGAACUUGGAAUGUACCGACAAGAGUUUGCGUCAACGUCUUCCAAUGUCGUGGAAGCUGAGAGCUUGCGCCGGACUUGGUGGGAGCUUUUUAUCGUCGAUGUCUACAUGGCAGCUUUGCAGAAGAGAGUGGUCUUGCGAUGCAGCGGUGUUCCUUACGACGUUGCUUUGCCGUGCGAGGAGUCCGUAUAUGCUAAUUACACUAAUAUACCCUCACCGCCAACUCUUGCUGGGUUCAAUAAACGCAUCUUCGCUGAUGAAGAAACAAGCUACUCAUCUUUCAGCUAUCGUAUUGAAGCGGUAUGCAUACUGGCACGGGUAUUAGUCCUGAAUAGCCUGCCAGAAACACACCGGGAUCACUUGCAAGCCGUGGAAAAUGCGCUUGUCAGCUGGACGAAUCACCUUCCACCAAACAAAGUCGAUAUCGUGGAUACGUAUGGCAGCGUCGAUGAAAUACUGUUCCAGGCACACACUACUAUCCACUUUGCUGCAAUGCUCCUGCAUCUUCCAAGAAGCAGCCUUCGGCCCGUCUGUCCAGAAACUGAAUGUCCGAUUUGCCCAGUGAUCCCAUCUCGGCUUUCGCCAUCCUUCACCCGACAUGUUCAUGAUAUCAAAGCUACGGAGGCAUCCAAACAACUCUCCAAUCUUCUCUCAGUCCGCCCCAGCGUGCAGAGAUACAGUCCAUUUGUCGUUUUCAGCUUAGUACUCUGUGGAAUGGUCCAGCUUGCCACAAGUCGCAUCCAUUCCUCAGAAUGUUCUGAUCAUCACUGUAACAGAAUCAUCUUGGUUCUAGGCUGUCUGAAGACACUGAAACAGAAAUGGCCCAUCGCAAACCGAGCUCACUACUUCCUUCGGAGCGUAGCAGCAGAAACAUUUACGGCCUGGAUUGAGUCUCGAUAUCCACAAACCAGCAACGCUGUGCCUCUAGCCUCAAGAAAUGGUCCCAGCUUUCCACCUGAAAAUAAUGCCUGGCUCUCUGUUGUUAGCAGCAAUGACACAUCCAGGCCUGUGGAGACUGACGCACAAGGCAUAUUCUCGCCGGGACUGUUAUCCGCAUACAUCGACCCAACCUGCAGCGAGCCGCUGCUUCUAGGUCCUAUGCCUGAUCUUGACUUCACAUGAUCUGCCUCAAUGUGAUGACCAACCAGAGGCUUAUAAUCUGCGAACGUGCAAUCCCCCCGAGGACCUCUGAACCUUGCUUGAGGGGCCUUACUACCUUCUUCGCUGCAUUGUUAUGGCCCACGCUACUACUACUCCGGGUGUCGCUGCGAUGCACAUUAAGCAGAAUUUGCAGCACUAAAUGCUAUCCUGCCUGGCACUGCUCACGGCUAUUGCUAUGGACUCGAGCUUGCCCUCAAAUACGCCUUCCAAGCCUCCAUUUCGUCCUCCUCGGACUUGACUACGUGAAUUGUCCCCGCAGCUA